AUGGCCUCUCACCACUUGUCCUCGUCGGCACUGGGCGGCUGUCCAGGCCUGUACGUCCGGCGUGCAGUCGCCGGCGCGCCCGUUCUCGGGGUUAGGGCGAGCCGGAGGAAAAGUUGCGCCAGGCGCGCGGGGGUGACGUGCGCCCAGAGGGCUGCCAAAUCCGGGCCCAAGGCCGAAGAUCGGCGCUGGGGCCUUAACUUGUGGGGCACCACAAAGAAGGCGGCGGUCGCGAAUGGGAAGUCCCCCGCCGUGCGCGGUACCCAGCAGAUUCGCCGUCGGCAGCCUGGGACGGCCAAGGUGCAGAAACCUGCCAAGGCUCCGGCAAAGGCGCGUCGUACAGGAGCCGGCGACAAGCUGACGGCAGAAAUGGUGAAAGCAAAGCAGAAUGCCGCCAAGUGUUUGAAGGACAUUGCCGCAGCGGAGAAACGGUUGGAGCAGCUGAAAAAGAGCAGUGCCAAUCUGGGUGAGCGUGCCACUGUGCUUCAAACGCGCGCAAGAGAAUGUCAGUCUGCAGAACGGAGUGUAGCAGCUGGUGCAGUUGCAGCUCAGAAGGCUGCUGAGAAGGCACAAAAGGAUCUGGACAUGCUGAGGUCAAAGACUGAUGGUCUGGCAAAGAAAGAAGCUGCAGCGCGUGCGGUUUUGUCAGCAAUACAGAAUGCUGCCCGGGCUGGCAUGUUGCUGUCGAAGCAGGAGCAGGAUGCCAUCGCCCGUCCAAUCCUUCAACCAGAGGUUGCACAGAGGAAGGCUGAGCUAGCAGAAAAGAAGGCUGCUCUUGCGGUUGCCAAGGCAGCCCCAAAAGCAGUCACUGUGGCUCCCAAGGCAGCUCCCGUGAAUGUGCAGAUGACUGAGCCUGUGGCACCCAAGAUGUAUGCACCUCCACCAGUCAGUGUCGAAGAUCUGGAAGCUAAGGCUGGGGAAGCCAAGGCUAAGGGGGACAUCAACGAAGAAGCAAGGCUGAGAGCUCAGGCUGCCAGCGAGGCAAGGCGUCAAGGGACUGAGAAGGCCAUUGCUGAGCGUGCAGCCAAAUUGGAAGCAGACCAGAGAGCCAGAGAAGCUGCCGCAGAGGAAGCUAGGAAGGCCAUUCUUGCUGAAGCCAAGGCGAAGGCAAUUGCUGCUACGAAGGCAAAGAGAGAGGCAGCAGCCAAAAAGAAGAUUGCCGAUGCUGCCAAGCAAAAGGCGAAGGCUGAGGCACAGCGUGAAGCUCAACGCGCUGCGCAGGAGAAGGAGAAACGAGAGGCUCAAGCAAAAGCAGAGGAAGCAGCGAGAAAGCAGGCUGAGGCGAAGGCUAAAGAAGAAGCCGAGAAGAAAGCAGUAGAGGAAAAGGCAAAAGCAGAGGAGGAGGCCAAGAAGAUAGCAGCAGCCAAGGCCGAGGCAGCGGCCCAGAAGAAGAAGGCCGCUGAAGAUAAAGCCGCAGCUUUAAAAACGGCACUGGAAGCCAAGAAGAAGGUGGCAGCAGCAGCAAAGGCAAGCCGUCCACCUGCUGCUGGUUUCAAGUGGCCGUGGGACGCAGCAGCUAAGCCAGCACCUGAGCCAACAGAGCUCGUUGAGCGCCGUGAAGAUGCACAGCAGUGGAUUGACAAUUGGAAGAAUGGGGCGCCUGCUGGCAGCAAGCAAGAAGCCGAGAAGAGAGCAGUUGCGAGUGCCAAGCCAAAGGUGGCAGAAGCAGAAAGUGCAGCAGCAGAGAAGAAGACUGCAGCUGCAGCGAAAGCAAAGCGCCCAGCUGCUGCAGCCUUUCGGUGGCCGUGGGAGGGGCCACCGGAUCCGGAAGAGCUCGUGCAACGCCGUCAGGAGGCGCAGGAGUGGAUCGACAACUGGAAGGCUAGAUGUGCAGAAGAUGGGAAGAAAUGA